AUGACUGAAAAGCUUCAAGUCGCCGUCGCUGGUAUCGGCCGUAUGGGGAUGCGCCAUGCUCGUCACUUUGCAACUCUGACCCCCCGUGCCGAACUCAUCGCCGUCUGCUCACCCGUGCAAGCCGAGCUAGACGCUGCAAAGAGCGAGUUCAAGGGCGUGCGAACCUACCUCGACUACGAGGAGAUGCUGUCUCAAGAGAAAUCUCUACAAGCUGUCGUCGUUGCCAGCGCCACUACCGUCCACGCCGAACAGGCAAUCAAGGCCAUUGAGCGGGGAUUACACGUUCUCUGCGAGAAGCCCAUCAGUACCAGUCCGGAGAUUUCCCAAUCAGUCGUCGACGCCUACAAAUCCUCCAUCCAGAAAUUCCCCAACCAAAAAGUAAUCUGCGGAUUCUCUCGUCGCUUCGACGCCUCAUACCGUGAUGCACACCGACGCAUGGCAUCCGGCGACAUCGGGACCCCGUCCGUCUUCCGCUCACAGACAUGCGACAAGCUCGACCCCAGCGGAUUCUUCGUUGCCUACGCCGAGUUCUCGGGCGGUAUUUUUGUGGACUGCUCAAUCCACGAUAUCGAUCUUGCACUCUGGUUCUUUGGCGAGGAGAGCAAAGUGAAGAGUGUGACUGCCAUCGGUAUCACAGCUGUACAGCCCGAUCUGCGCAAGCACAACGAUCGUGAUAAUGCGUUGGGAAUUAUUGAAUUUUAUGGAGGUAAAAUCGCCCAGCUCUAUUGCUCACGCAUGAUGGCUGCCGGCCAAGAAGACUGCACCGAAGUCUACGGCACAAACGGGAAGAUCGCAAUCAACACGCAGCCUCAGCUCAACCUCGUGAACCUAUACGAGUCCACUGGUAUCCGACGCGAGAUUCCAUCUGAUUACUAUGGCCGAUUCCGAGAGGCGUUUAUCACUGAGGCUAAUGAGUUUACUGCUUCUUGUUUGGACAACACCGUGCCACCGCUGCGUUUGGACUCGGCGGUCAGAGCUGUGACUAUUGGAUGUGCAUUGCAAGAGUCCCUGAUCAGUGGCAAGAAAAUUGAGUUUGAAGAGAAUGGACAGAGAGCGAAGCUAUAA